GUAGAACUGCAUCGGAGGGGAAUGUAUGGAUCCAAGGGCCCCUGGCGACGCUUGCUGCAGCGGAUAAGUCGAAACUCUGGCACGCUUGCUGCAGGAGGAGAAGACCUCGUGCUGUCUGUUGUUUCUGCUGUUGCUGCUGCUUUCCGUGCAACUGGGUGCCCCUUUUCGGACGCCUGCGUUCUAGCGACGCAUCUGUUGCAGCUUCUGGCGACACCAUGCUCCGCAGCAGCAGUGCCCUCAGCCCUGGCAGCCAACGGAAUAUCUCCUCGCAGCCGCUUGCUGCUGUUGCUGCAGCUGCAGCCGCUCAUCUGCCUUAGUGCAGAUAGGCAGCACCUGUUCGAGCAGAGGAGACGCGCUCUUCUUCCCAUUCUGCCGCAGUGCGUCCAAGCUCUUGAGGACGCGGCAACGGCUGCAGCAGCGCCAGACGUCACCCUAGCGGAACCACAACCGCCUCCAGAAUCCUUCUCAAGCCUUGUGCGCUCUGAUCCGUUUGCCGUCAUCGAGUUGCUUCUCGAGCCGCUGCAGGCGUGUCAAGAAAGCGACGACAUGGCAAGCCACCUACAGACGACCGUGCGGGCUGCAGGGGCCUUGCAGCCUUUCCAGGAGGGGGAUCGGGAGGUCGAGGCAGCGCUCAUCUGCACACGGUUACUCCUGAGGCACACGGCGCAAUGCGAACGGCUAGCAGAAGAGAAGGGCGGAUGCUGCAGCGGCGCAAGCGGCCUCCAAAGCAACGUCGUCGCGGACUGGUCCGAGAUGUGCUUACGUGCAGUUCUUCGCGCUCCGCUGCAUUUGUUGUCUGCAACUCAAAUCGAGGUGGUCUUUGGGGCUUUAAGAGACUUGAAGGAGGUUUUAACGAGAUUGAAGGCCAAGGUUAGCGCUGCAGAGUUUCUUACAGAGGGGGUAAGAACACACGGACUGCUGCCCCUCCUUGCAGCCGCUGAGGCGCAUGCGCGGGCAGAAGCGACGCGAAGAGCUCCUCUGUUGGAGCCAAAGGAGGUCCUUCACGUUGUGGCUGCGGUGAGCAGACUUUUACACUUGGUGGUUGCCUCUGUUCGUGUUGCUGCUGUGUCGCUGCAGUCUUUGCGGUACAACCUCUGUGAAGCCUCUGGAAGUUCAUGGCUCGCAACCGUUUUUAAGCGCGCUUGCAAUCUGAAGGAUUCGUUUUCGCAAGAAGAGCGCGCAAUGCUGCAAACGGCAGCGCAGCUUAUUCUUGAGAAGUCGAAAAACGGAGGGGCUGGACGCGUUUGGCCUCACAUCUGGUCUCCUCCCACAAGGCUGACUCCACAUGGCUGUGGAAUUGUGCCAGUGGUGGCUGGUGCGGAAACGUCGUGGGACAGAGAAGAGCUGCAGAGGGUGUUGAAGAUCGUCUUAAGGCUGAGACUGUUUGAAGUACCUCCGAGAGCGAACAUUUCUUGGGCUUCUGGCCGCUCGCACCGAAUCCUUGCGGUGUGA